AUGUCUCGUUCAAUAGAUAUAAGUUCAACUGGUUUUGUGUUUGAGACAUCAGAAGAUUGCCGAGUUGUCCCUACAUUUGAUUCUUUAGGAUUAAAAGAAGAGUUAUUACGAGGUGUAUAUGCAUACGGUUUUGAACAGCCUUCAGCUGUACAACAAAGAGCAAUUUUACCGAUUAUACAGGGUAGAGAUGUUAUUGUACAAUCUCAAUCGGGUACCGGCACACCGGGUAGGGUCUUUCACAUGAUUAGCGACAGACACUUUAGCACAAGGUUUAUUAAAAUGCUUGUCUUAGAUGAAGCUGAUGAGAUGCUUAAUAGAGGGUUUAAACAACAAGUCUACGAUAUUUACCGCUAUUUACCUCCUUCUACUCAAGUUGUUCUCAUCUCAGCGACUCUUCCUCAUGAAGUACUGGAGAUGACGACGAAGUUUAUGUCGAAUCCUUUCCGUGUGUUAGUAAAGAGAGACGAGUUGACAUUAGAGGGCAUAAAGCAGUUCUUUGUUGCGGUAGAAAGAGAGCACUGGAAGUUCGACACCCUAACAGAUUUAUAUGAUACACUUACUAUUACUCAAGCCGUCGUCUUCUGCAACACAAAGACGAAAGUCGAAUGGCUAGCACAAAAACUCAAAGAAGCUAACUUCACCGUGAGCCGCAUCCACGGAGACAUGCCUCAGAAAGAAAGAGACGAAAUUAUGAAAGAGUUUAGAGAAGGGCAGAGCAGAGUUUUAAUUGCAACAGACAUCUGGGGGAGAGGGUUGGAUGUGCAGCAGGUGUCUCUGGUUAUUAACUACGACCUUCCCAACAGUCGUGAGUUGUACAUACACCGCAUUGGUCGCUCUGGGCGAUUCGGAAGAAAGGGUGUUGCGAUUAACUUUGUUAAGAACGAUGAUAUUAGGAUUUUGAGGGAUAUUGAGCAAUACUACGCCACGCAGAUUGACGAAAUGCCGAUGAACGUGGCUGACCUUAUCUAA